AUGGGCAUGUCAACCACGCCUAUAGCUUCCAUUCCUACCAGCGAGCCAAAGGAAGCUCUGAAGGUGGGAACAAAUCUAGUCAGCCAACCUGGGACACAAUACUGCAUCAAUCGAAUUCUUCAGCACAGAACAGAGCCCACUUUAUCAUGUGUUUAUCUGGCUACAACUAAAGACGGAAAUAAAUAUGUUGCUAAAAACAUAUAUCACACUGAAUUUGAAUACCAGUUGAAUUUACAGACACCUCUUGCAAGUCUCCGAAACUUAAGAGUUGUGCUAGACACCGUCCCUGAACACCUCUUGUUCAUAUACAACUUUUGUACUGAUGAUCUACUUGGCCUAGCCAGGAAAGACAGCCUUUCCUACACGGAUAGAAAGAGAAUUCUGCGGGAUACGUUGGAGGGACUUGCCGCUCUCCAUGAACGGGGUAUCUUGCACGGUGAUAUCAAACCAAACAACAUAUUUGUGGACUAUGACAUGUCAAGCAGUGGAAUCAGGGUGAAGAGGGCUCAAAUUGGUGACCUUGAAAUGGGUUCGAUGAUACCUCCUGGCCUGAAUCGUAGUCCGGAGUCCCAUGCGGCCGCUCGAAUCAACAUUCCGUCCGACAUUUUCUCUUUUGGUCUCGUUUGCAUAUAUACCAUACUUCAAAAGAUUAUUUUCCAUAUCAACGGAGAAUGUACAAGUAAUACAGAGAAAGAGCGGAUAAUUGCCAAGCGCCUGCUCUCCCACUUUGGGGAUGGCCCGGGUUUGGUCGGACUGUUAGAGCAUCUAGAGGAUGACUCUGCCGAACGGCGUGAUAUUCUCAUAGCUGUUGUCGAUGAAUUCACACCUGAUGACCCGCGAAAGCCAUUUUCCAUGUGGGAGGAUGUCGACGAGUCUUUUCGAGAUAUCGUUGGCAGGAUGACAAGUUGGAUCCUGCAAGAAGGACUACAGCCAAGGAUGCUCUUGAACACCCUUGGUUCCAAGCGUGUAAUAUAUGUGAAUCUCCAAUUCAAUGGACUCUCUUUCAUAAGACCAAGUGCGAACUUUGACAUCCAUAUCAGUAAACUGCAUAACAGUACUGUUAAUCUUACCGGCAGCAACCAAGCAAUGCCAGCAACACCAAAUCCCAUUCUACACCCUGAUCUUGGGAAAAAAUCGACCGCCGAUAUGACGCAAGGUUUCAAAAGCGUUCAAACUGGUUGCUUUCCACUUUGGCCCCUAGCACCCGGUUUCGGUUUCUUGCCCUUGAAGGCAAUGUAG